AUGUUGGAUAAUUUUAUUCAACAUUUUGUAAAGAAGUCAUCAAACAAUGCUGGCGUAACAAAUGUAUACGAUAAAGGGAAUAAUAUGAAUGAUACAAAUAAUGUAGAUAAUAUGGAUGAUACAAAUAAUAUGGAUAAUAUAGAUAAUAUAGAUAAUACAAAUAAUAGUGAUAAUACAAAUAAUAGUGAUAAUACAAAUAAUAUAGAUAAUACAAAUAAUUUAAAUAAUAAUAUGAAUAGUGUUAAUAGUAAUAACAUCUUUAAUAUUUUCAAAAAAGGUGAGGAAGAAGGGUGCAAAGGGGAACUCGAACAAAAAUUAAUUAAUGGACAGAAAUUUUUAAAAAAUGAUUUACAUGAGAUAAAUGAAUAUAAUAAUAAUAAUAAUGAUCAAAGUUUUGUUAACUUACGUAAUGGUCAACAUACUGAUUAUACCAUGUACAUGUUUGAAAGUAAAGGAAUAGUAUCAAAUGAUUUCUACAGAAUAUUAUAUGAAUGUGCCCAAGCUUCUUCAGCCAAACCUUAUUUAGUAGAUGUAUGUGUAAAUAAAUACUUUAAAAAAUAUAAAAUAAAAUUUUCACAAACAUGCUUAAGUUGUUUUUCUACAUUUAUUGGAUGUACCUUCAUUUCUUGUAAUAAACAAUGUUCAAAAAAUCAAUGUAAUGAUGAAUGUAAAGUGUGUAGUGACAAGCAUUGUUUUAAGAAAUUAUUGGAAUGUACAAAAUUGGAGGCUUUACCCGAUCCAUGUACAUAA